AUGCGCCACCUCCCCUACCUCUCCUACUACCUCUACCCCAUCCUCGCAGGCCUCAUCUGGCUAGCCACCCUCCUCGCCCUCCUCAUCCACUGGCUCGUCCCCCCCGUCUCCCGAGCGCACUACCCCUCCAUGGCAGCCUCCCAACAAAUAGCCUACAUCUCCGACGUCGGCGCCUCAACACUAAAGCCCCUCUUCAUCACCGGCUGCGUCCUCACCACUGUUUUCCUCGACAUCUCCUUCGCGGCAGAUUACUACCUCCGCCACAAAGGCCGGUUGGUCCCCAACCAAACCCGGACGGAGACAGUCCUCGCCUUUCUCACCAUCGGGUUCGCAAUCAUUGGAACUGUCGGGUUGAUUUUACUCUCGGUGUUCGACACGGCGAGGUACCCGAAGCUGCACAAUAUUUUUUUGCUGCUGUUUAUUGGGGGGUAUGUGCUGUCGGCGAUUUUUAUUUGUUGGGAGUAUCAACGGUUAGGUCAACACUAUAAACACCACCACCAACUCUCCACAUCCUUCUGGAUCAAACUAACAUUUGUCAUUCUGGAAAUCUUGCUAGCGAUCGCUUUUGUGUCAUGCACAUUCACCCAGCACUACAACGCCGGCGCGGUGUUGGAGUGGGUUAUUGCUUUUAUCUUUUCGGCGUACGUGUUUAGCUUUGUGGUUGAUCUCUGGCCUGCGAUCAAGACGCAGCCAAACUUGAAUUUGCACAACCCAAGAGAAAAAGGAAUGGUGUUUGAGGGGAAUGGGGGGCAGGUGGUGAAUGGGAAUGGGUAUGGGAAUGGGGAUGGGAAUGGGACGGGGGACAUGAGGUAUGUCGGGGCGAGCGAGAUGGAGGAGGGCGGGGGGGAGAGUAGCGGGAGUCAUUUGCCCAUUCAGGGGUAUGGGAAUGCAGUGGGCGGUGGGCCGGUGAUGGGGUUGACGGAUCACAGUAGCAGGCCGGUGACGAGGGAGAGGGGGUUGGCCGGUAACUUCUAA